GCCAAACACAAACAACAUGUCGAGCGAAGUGGAGUAUGACUGCAUAGUGAUCGGGGCCGGGGUCCAAGGCUCCUUCACGGCCUAUCAGCUGGCAAAAAGGAACAAGAAGACUCUUCUGCUCGAGCAGUUUGUCCUGCCCCACACACGAGGCAGCUCCCAUGGCCAAACCCGCAUCAUCCGCAAGGCCUACGAGCAGGACUUCUACACCCAAAUGAUGGAUGAGUGCUACAAGCUGUGGUCCCAGCUGGAGAGGGAGGCGGGUGUCACACUGUACAGACAAACAGGCCUCCUGGUGAUGGGACCAGAGCACAGUGACAGUUACCUGCUGUAUAAGAACACCAUGGAGAGGAACAAUGUCCCCAUGGUGAUUCUGACCCCUGAAAACUUCAGCCAGCACAUCCCCAAUGUCAUCCUUGCUGAGGGAGAUGGAGCGCUGGUGGAUAUAAAUGCUGGAGUCCUGUAUGCUGACCGUGCACUCAAGACUGUACAGGGGCAGUUUCAGAAGCUGGGUGGGGUCAUAAGAGACAAAGAGAAGGUGACGGACAUCACGCCUGGCCCUGUUGUGACAGUUUCAACCUCUGCUGGUGUGUAUCGAGCCAAGAGCUUGGUGAUCACCGCUGGACCCUGGGCUAAUAAACUGCUGGCCCACAUUGGAUUACAGUUGCCACUAGAGGUGGAGAAGAUCAACGUGUGCUACUGGAAAGAGAAGGUUCCUGGAACAUAUGACGUGAAGAAGCGCUUUCCCUGCUUCCUGCUGACUGAGGGAGAGGAGUCUGAUAGGCACAUCUACGGCCUCCCGUCCAACGAGUACCCCGGCCUGGUUAAGAUUUGCUACCAUGUCGGAGGUGAGACAGACCCAGACCACAGAGACAAGCAGACAGACAGGUCUGAUAUCGGCAUCCUCCAGCGCUUCGUAGCCCGCUGUUUUCCUGGCCUCAUCCCCGAGCCGGCUGUGGUGGAGAGCUGCAUGUACACGCUAACGCCUGAUAGUCAUUUUGUGCUGGACUGCCACCCUGCCUACAGCAACAUUGUGUUUGGAGCUGGGUUCUCAGGUCACGGCUUCAAGUUCGGACCAAUCAUUGGCAAGCUCCUGUGUGAGCUCAGCCUGGGAGAAGUGCCCUCCUAUGACAUGUCACCUUUCCGAAUCAGGCGCUUCCAGGGAAACACCAAAUCAGCUUUAUAGAGCUGGACCUGUGCCAGUGCAGCAUAAACAGAUCAAAUGUAAUUUUAGCUGGUAAUUUAGCCCUACGUUUUUAUACACAAAAACAAAAUGACGCAUUUCUGCUGCUUUUUGUGAAAAAAUCAGUUUGUGUUUCCACCGCCGCAUUGUGAAAUCAGAUGUGUAGCGCUAAUGCAGCAUGAAGGUCAGUGUGUUCAUAUGCAGUUAGGCAACUGUUUAACAGUCUGCAGCUUUUUGAUGAUUAAAAACAACUCUUGUGUCUGUAUGCUGAAUAUAAAAAUACAGCCAGAAAGUGGUUCUUAGCUUAAAUUGGCAUAUACUGGAACACAGGAAAACACAUAAUGGAGCCUUGCUCUGUCAGAAAAAGUGGCUACCUGGUCUCCUCCUACCUCGUCGCUACUCAAGUGGCUGUCUUGUUACAGCUCUGAUUCGGAUACCAGCACUUUCACAUGAUUACUAUAACACAUUGGGUUUUAUCGAUCCAUAUACAAACUUACAUUUGCAAACUAACAUAUUGGGGUUUUACACAUAGUUACGUGCAGAAACUAGCAGAACACUUCAUAUCAUUUUAUACUUCUGUCUUUUCCUUGCAUAAAACUCAGAUACAACUUGUGAAGUAGUGACAUUUAAUGGGGCUGGGAGCUUUUUGAACAACAAUAUUUAAGCUUCUAGUAAUUGCUGGUCAGUAACCACCUGGAUGCUCUAGCAAAAACAAAAAAAUAUCUGAAUUUUCAAGGGAUUUUCCCGGCGAUCUUCAGCAUCCAUUGGGACCAUAGAGCAUGCGCACUUGGGUUUCUCCUAAGCCCCCGCUUCCAAUCUGGUGUGUCAGGGCCUUUAGACAUUCAAAGAGUGAUAGCAAAUGACCAGUAGCUUCUCAAAAUGUCCAAUUUUAAAAGUGAGCUUUUGUAUUUUUGUAUAUUUCACAUUGUUUAAAAGUUUCCAUGAAAAAAAGCUGGGCUAUUUGAACAGAGCCGUCCCUCUCACUGCAUGAAAAUGUCUUCACUUUCCUGCGUAAUAUGGUUUCUCAGAGCUACUGGGUUCUAUUGGGAAAUGGACACCCAUCAGUAGUAGGUUGUCACCAAUGGCUGUCUACCUCAGCUACAUAUGGAGCUACAGCACUCACACAUGGGGCGAAGCCUGCGAGCUAGUUCAGGCAGUCAACUUGAGCACUUAUGCUGCAUUCAUACAUAACGUCCCCUUGCCACUCUACAACCAACCAACCAGAGUCUCCUUAAUACGCCGCUCUAUUACCUGCCAGAUCUCUCUCUAUGCAUUGCUUGCUGCUACUAUUGCUGCAGCUACUUCCACAUCGCUGUUGCUUGAUUCUGACCAGAGGACCAACAUCAACAACUACAGUCUAAUAUUGUUGUGCAAUUGUAAAUCCAGCCAUCUGUGACAAAUGAUAAUAAAACAAAAACUAUAAUCUUA